UUUUUGUUUAAACACAUUCUCUUACUCUGUUUUGAAAAUGGGGACGGUUGGUUUGUUUUUGAUUUUGGGUGGAGGUAAGAAGGAGACAUGUGGGCCAUCUUUUAGGACUUUCUUCGUCAGCUUUUGCAGAACUCCCGUGUGGUGGGAAGCCAGCGUUUUCCAACUGAGGUCUCCUCUCCUCCGCAUCCACAGCAGCCUCCUCCCAAGGAACCUUCUGAGUUGAACCGCCAGGUGGCGCAUCUCUCGAAGGGAAUACCUCUCAGUCAUAAACGGAGGGGUAGUUGCCGGGCAACUGAAAACUGGGCGUUCCAAACACUUGGGACCAGGUACUCUCAAGCGAGCCAGGUCCUGCUGCGGCCGCGUUGAUCUCCAGGGAAUAAACGUGUGUCCCUGGGUCUUUAAGCAUGCCUCACACUCAAGAAUCUUUCUCGCACGCUGUGAUAAGUGGUGAAGACAACAACUUGGGAAAUCCGCGGACCGCUAAGAAAUUGCCGCAUAAGAACCCAGCUCACCUUGCUCAGCAUCAGGAACCCUGGACCCGGCUCAAUGCAAAAGCCACGAUCACCUCCAAGAGGCGAGAAGCCUACUUUUUUGAUCCUAAGAUACCAAAGGAUGAUCUGGAUUUCCGCUUAGCAGCCUUGUAUGACCACCACACCGGGAUAUUCAAGAACAAAACUGAGAUAUUGUUGCAACAGGAGACUACUGAGGAUAUCCGUAAGAAGCAGAUGCAGUUUCCUGGAGAAUCUCUCCAGGCUCCUCCAGCACCCAUUACUUCCCGGGCUAACAUCAGGCACUGGAUCAGCCCUAAGAAAGAGUCCAUCCAUAGCAUCCAGGGAUCCAUAGUGUCUCCUCAUACUGCAGCCACCAAUGGAGGCUACUCCCGAAAAACGGAUGGUGGCUUCUUCUCCACCUAGUGGUGACAAACCAGGCCAGUUUCAUCAUGGUGGCGGAACAUCUUGCCUCCCAUCUUCAGUAAAUAGGUUUGUUCAAGAUGAAGCCUGAAGUGUCUGUUGCCCGUGGCACUUUUGACCACUCUUAAAAUAAUGAAAAUCCCCCGAUUCUAGAAACUACUUCUGUUGGGUAAAAUUGCACCUUGGAAAGUCGUUUUGCCAGAAGUAAGGAUUUA